UCGAGCUUGUACGGGUUUCAUCACUAUCCCUCGUCAAAGACCUUACCUUUGCGCGAACCCUUCUGCUUCACUCUUCAGAUUCGACUCCUUCUACUUGGAAUAUGCUCAAUAGAGGCUAUUCUUCGAGUGAUACUCCAGUAGAAUCGAUUUGGUUUUAUUCUGAGAUGGAGAGACGAGGAAUCAAUCCUAAUAAGCUUACUUUUCCUUUUCUUCUCAAGGCUUGUGCUUCGUUUUUAGGUCUCACUGCGGGUAGACAGAUUCAAGUUGAGGUUUUGAAACAUGGGUUUGAUUCUGAUGUGUAUGUUGGGAAUAAUUUGAUUCAUCUAUAUGGUUCUUGUAAGAAAACUUAUGAUGCCAGGAAGAUGUUCGACGAAAUGACUGACAGAAAUUUUGUUUCUUGGAACUCGAUUAUGACUGCUCUUGUUGAGAAUGGUUUAGCACAAUAUGGAUUUGUAGAAGAAGCCCUUCAACUAUUCGCGAAGAUGAUGAAAGAAUCAACGGUGAGACCAAAAUACGUGACAUUUCUCGGUGUUUUAUGCGCUUGUAGCCACACGGCAUUGGUGGAUGACGGGUACAAAUACUUCCACGAGAUGGAGAAAGCACACAAGAUCAAACCAAUGAUUAUUCACUACAGAGCAAUGGUAGAUAUCUUGGGACGUGCAUGUCGACUAAACGAGGCGUAUGACUUCAUAUAG